AGCCAUGAGUUUGUAGGAUUGUGAAUAAAGCUGGACUAGUGGCCUUGCAGAAGCUUAUUUUAAAUCUAACCAGGGUACUGGAUCCACACGUAGAAGAUAUGGCGAGCAGUUCAGUUUACAACUUCACCAUGGACUCACUGGAAAGGAAAUCUGUUUCUCUGGGGGUUUACAGGGGGAAAGUGCUUCUCAUCGUCAACGUGGCCACCUUCUGAGGCUCCACUGUCAAGGAGUACCACAGGCUGAAUGCACUCAUGGACAGAUUCAGUGGUGAGAACUUCACUAUUCUGGGAUUCUCAUGUAAUCAGUUUGGACUACAGGCACCAGAGGAGAAUCACGAGACUUUGGACAUUCUGCGGUGUGUCAGACCUGGAGGCAGUUUCAUCCCAAAGUUCCCCAUGUUCAGUAAAAUCGAGGUUAAUGGGCUGAAUGAGGAGCCUCUGUACUCCUUCCUGAAGGCGUCUCUGCCUUCUGUGAACCCUGUCAUUGGAGACAUCAAGAAACUCUAUUGGUCUCCGAUUAAAGUCAACGACAUCCGCUGGAACUUUGAGAAGUUUCUUAUCACUGCAGACGGGCUGCCAUACAGACGCUAUGACCUCAAUCACCCAUUUGAAGAGGUGGAGAAAGACAUAGCUAUGCUCCUCACUCUGCAAACCCUCAUUCUGUAGCUUCUAUGUCUCAACUGACCUCGGAUCAUCGCUAUAAAUACAACUUUAGAAAUAGUGAAGGGUUUCAUUAUUACUUGUAUAAUAUACAAAAACACACUGACCGUAGCGGAGAAGAAGUCCUUCCAGAAGCCUUUACACUAGACCCCUUUUACACUGUGGAAAUAGGAAGUCAAUUUAUUAUAUAUUUCUAAGGAUUUGAUUCACCAUCACUGUGGAAAUGUGGAUCGCAAAAUAAGACUUUCACUUACAGUACGUUGACCAAAAUAGAUUUUCCAGAUCUGGAAAAAUACGUAAAUUCUGAAAAUAGUUUGUAACAAAAUAUGGACAAUUGGCUAUCAAAAAGCCUCAAGACUCUAAGGUGGAUAUUCACUUUUUUUAAUUCAAUCCUUUUCCGUUUUCACUACACCAUUUAUAAGCUUUGUAAAAAUCCAAGAAAAGUAUUGAAACGUCUCAUUUCCCUCCCAUCGAGAUACAGUCAAGACCUCAGACAUUAUAGUGAAAUUUCUACAUAAGUAGGAAAACCCAAAAUGCUUUAGGGAUCUAAAGGAAGUGCACAUGGUACAGUUUGGGAUGGGUUGUAGCAGUGUAAGUCCUAAGCCCUGGUUCAGUCCUGUGUGUGUGUGUAUAUGUUUGUGUGUGUGGUGUAGUGGUGGGGCAGUGUGAUGAUCCCUCAGUAAAAGCACUCAGGCAGCUGAGCUGGGUCUGAUAGGGCUGGAGAGAGAGACUCUGAGCUUCAGUGUGUUCACUCAGAGAAACAUCUUCACCCAGCACCAUCACUGCGGCCUGACACACACACGCAUGCAGGCUUACUGAUCUGAUCAGAGGUUUCAAAAUGCAAAAUAAAGUGAUUUAUUAACCCUAUAUGA